CUAAGUAGAAAUAUAUUUUAACUUCAAAAGUAAAAAUAGUUACAAAAAUUUAUCGUAAACUUUGACCGUUAAUCUUUAUUUUUUAAUAUUAACGAUCAACUCAGUUCGGUUGACGCAUGAAUUGCGGGAAACUCCGGAUAAGAUAAUAUUUGAGAUAAACAUAUUAGACACGUUACCGCACGUCAACGAUUUAGAGGAAUUAGCUUCUGAAAAUAAUGAUACUUUGGACUUUACGACCUGUCGUUAAUUUAAUCACUUUAAUAUCGUCUGCAUUCCACGGAUUCUUAAUUACUGAAAGACAUAUAAUUUUAAGUCAACUCAAGUUAGUUACUCCAACGAGCAGGUGAAUAUCCAACAUUCACAAUGAAAUCAUCUAUACAUCGUAAUUACCAAUUAUUUCCGGGAUUUCAUAAUGGAAAAAUUUUAGCCUGUUUUUUUAUGAAUUUUUUGUUGUUCAGUCCAAAAUUUGGUUUAGGAAAACCAUCCAGCUGUCCUCUUCAAUCUAACGGACAAUGUAUUAAUUCAAGAAAUGAUCAGACUAGGAAUUAUUUUGUUAAUAAUAGUUCAAACAAUCAACUAGAUUGGAAAGAAUCUUUAACCUGUAGUUUUGGCAUGAACGUGGUGCCGCAAAAUGAUAUUCAGAUGUUAAACUUGUAUCGUGAGCUGGAAUUCGAUGAUUCCUACGGUGGUGUAUGGGACCAAGGUUUUGACAUAACUUACAGCCCGAAUCAAUGGAGUCCUACAAAUAAACUGAAAGUAUUCGUGGUACCUCAUUCUCACAAUGACCCAGGAUGGCUGAUUACAUUCGAAGAAUACUACAAAGAAUCAACACAAAAUAUUUUAAACAACAUGGUGGUAAAAUUACCCGAAGACAAGCGUAGAAAAUUUAUCUGGGCAGAGAUAUCGUUUUUCAAAUUAUGGUGGGAUGAACAGUCGGAAGAAAUCCACGAAAUAGUCAGAAAACUUAUCGCUGAUGGACAAUUGGAAAUAGUUUCAGGUGGAUGGGUUAUGCCAGACGAAGCUGUAUCUCACUGGAUGGCGCAGUUGACUCAAUUGACUGAGGGUCAUCAGUGGUUGAAGAAAAACUUGAAUUAUCGACCCACCAGCAGUUGGGCGAUUGAUCCGUUUGGAUUGUCUCCAACAAUGCCAUAUCUGUUGAAAAACUCUGGAUUUGAUAAUGUUCUCAUUCAGCGUGUGCACUAUGCAGUGAAGAAACAUUUCGCCCAGGAUAAGACUCUCGAAUUUCGAUGGCGGCAAUUGUGGGACACCACUGGGUCAACGGAAAUAUUCACCCAUAUGAUGCCGUUUUCUAGUUACAGUAUUGAAAAAACUUGUGGGCCUAAUCCUAAUGUUUGUAUGCAGUUUGACUUCAGUAAGCUAUAUUCUGAAGAAAUAACAGACGAAAAUGUUGCUGAACGAGCGUCGUUAUUAUUAGAUCAGUAUCGGAAGAAAUCUCAAUUAUAUAGGACUAAUGUUGUUCUAGUACCUCUGGGUGAUGAUUUUCGUUACAACAAAAGCUUCGAAUGGGAUGCUCAGUACAAUAAUUAUCAAAAAUUAUUUGAUUACAUGAACGCCAAUACGCGGCUCAAUGUUGAUGUUAAGUUUGGCACACUUACUGAUUACUUCACUGCAGUCAGGAGCGAGAAAGAAAUCUCAGAAUUUCCGAGUUUAUCGGGUGACUUCUUCACUUACUCUGAUAAGCACAGAUAUUAUUGGAGUGGUUAUUAUACAUCACGGCCAUUUCACAAAAGACUUGACCGUAUGCUUCUUGGUGCUCUACGUGGAGCCGAAAUAAUAUCAGCAAUAGCCUUGAUUCACGGUCACCAACAAGAUUUUGGAGAACGAAUCAUCGAAGCAAGAGAGCUUCACUCGUUGUUCCAGCAUCAUGAUGGAAUCACUGGUACUGCUAGAAAUCAUGUUGUUGUUGAUUACGCUGACAAAAUGCUAAGUGCUCUUAAAAAUUUAGAUGUUGUUACUCAACAGUCAGCAGCGCAUUUAUUGAAAAAUACGACCGUACCUAAUUUACACCAUGAAUCGGUUUAUUUGUCUCUAGAUGAAGUGAGAUAUCAUUAUAAAGAUAUUAAAGAACGGAAAAUAUUGAAGCUAAACAGAAAUGAGACUUUAAAAAAAGUCAUCAUUUAUAAUUCACUUCCUCGACAGAGAACCAAAGUUCAAACGUUAAUAGUGUCAACGCCUUUUGUCCAAGUUGUCAAUCGUAACGGUGACCAGCUGCAAUGUCAAAUAUCACCUGUUUGGGUUGAACCAGAAAUAUAUUCUCGUGAAAAGUAUGAAUUAUCAUUUUUAGUCACAGUACCUGGUUUCGGACUUGAAGCUUACUCAAUUUUCUUCAUCGAAGGUGAUAAGUUACCUGAAAAUGUUCACUUAGCUGAUGUAACACUAUUCAAUACCGUAGCACCACUAUCAAAUAAAUUUGGGUCCAAAGAUAUAAAAAUCUUCCCUUCAGUUCAAGAGUUUUCGAUCACACAGCAAAAUAUUUCAGCUAGUUUUGCGAAAUCAGGGCUACUAAAAUCCAUACGGACUGGAGAUAUAACAACAUCCGUUGAUCUGGAAUUCAUUCACUACAAAACCUUUCAGAGUGGCGCUUAUCUUUUUACUCCAUAUGACCCACAACCUUAUGAUCUUUACGAGUGGGAUUACCAUGUUGUCCAUUUAUUGAAUGGACCAAUUCUAUCAAGAGUAUUUAUACAGCUACCGCAGGUUACACAGACUUACACCUUGUUUAACUCAACUGGAAGCGAUGGUUUGGGUCUUCAUAUUUCUAACCAUGUUGAUAUCACUAAUACAUUCAAUUUUGAACUGGUUAUGCGUUUGCGUACAAACAUUUCUUCAGGUGAUGAGUUUUUCACAGAUUUAAACGGUCUUAAUAUGAUCAGGCGACAAAGAUUUCUUAAGCUUCCAAUCCAGGCUAAUUAUUAUCCACUUCCAGCAGCUGGUUAUAUCCAAGAUGAUAAAGCGCGACUGACAAUCUUAUCAGGUCAACCAUUAGGAGCUGCGUCAAUGGCACCUGGCCAGUUUGAGAUAAUGCAAGAUCGUAGACUCAACCAAGACGAUUGGCGUGGCCUUGCCCAAGAAGUCAAGGAUAACUUAGUGACAAACCAUGACUUUAUGCUGGUUUUAGAGAAGAAGAAACAAUCCUGCAGUUCAUUCGCGCCUGAUCACCCUUCUGGAGCGCUUUCUUUGGGUGGAUUAUUAGCAUCAGAGGAACUCUUACAUCCUUUAGUUGCAAUGUAUUCACAUUCGUCAGACAAUAAUUGUAAAGAUCAUUUUUCACCUGUUAAUUUUGAUCUUCCGGUAGACUUAGCUAUUGCUAGCUUUCGUGUUUUUUCGGUGCCUAAGGGUAAAAGUUUCAGUCUUGACAAGGCUCUAGGCAUGGUAUUGCAUCGUCAAUCUGUUGAUGUUUGUUGGGGUGAUGAUUUAAUUGCAUCACGUUUCAAGUUAUCCAGCAAUGGCGAAAUAAAUGUCAGAAAUUUGUUGAACUUAACUCAGGAAUGGAGUAUCAAUGAAGCCUCGUUGACAUUUAACAGUGUAGGGGCUUCACUGCAAUCACCAAUUAUUGAAUUAUGUCCUCAUAAGCUUUCAGCGAUUUUACUGUCUAAUUCAAAUUUCAAUUAAUUUUUAUUAAAUUAAUUUUUAUAGUUAAUUAUUAUGCUAACUUAAUGAAGUGACCUUCUUCAUACCUUAAAGUUAUAAUAUACCAACGAUAUAAAUUAUUAUUGAAUUUUUUAAUGUAAUCAAAGUGGAUAAUAAAAUUGAUUUGUCAUAAACGAAGAGAUUUAAAAGUAUUUAAGAACAAUUGUUGAAACUUUUGGGAAAUUAAAAAAAAUUUAUAUUUUUCGCAAAUUGAUAGAAUUUAUAAUUUCCUAUUUUAUCAAUGAACCAUGGAUAAGUUAGGCUAAGCCAGAACGCCAAACACAAUGACUCAAUAAACAUAAUUUAAACUGCGCAUGCGCAAAAAAUAUCAAUCUGCAAAAUAAAAUUUAUUUUCUAUUAUUAAUAUGACUUUAAAAUUGACAUUGAAUAAUUACUUUAAAAAACACUUUUUUCAAUUGAUCAAUAUUCUUAAAAAAAAAAAAAAAAAGUAUUUUCAUUGAUAAAAAUUUUUUUCCUCGAAACCUCUGAAUGAAAAUGACUGGGACGUCACCAAGAAUUACAUCUAGCAAUAUACUUAUAUACAUUUAAGUGAUGCAUGGGUGAACGAAAAAAAAAAAAAAAAAAACAAGGAUAAAAACAUGGUGUUGUCAUCUAACGCAUCUAACGUCAUCACACCUGAUUUUUUGAACUAAAUAAUACGUCCGACAUGUUUUAUUGUCGAGACAUGA